CCCCGAUCGCGCGGUCUCGCGAGAGUUGGGAGUAAACAGCCCCGAAUGGAGACUCGAGGCGUGUUCGCUGCGGAGGCGCCGUUAUCUGGGGCCCGCCGGACCCGAGCUUGAGGCGGCCGCAGGUCGGCUCCUAGAGUGAUUGCUCAUCCCUCUUGGACUUCGGUUCUGUGGUGCAGAUGGAGUGUAGGACUCAGUUGUCUGGGCCCGAGUGAGAGAAGCCUGAUGUCCAAGAUGGAGAAGAAACGAAGAAAGAAAUGAAAGCCUCUUUUCAGGCCAGACCACAAAAGGCCAUGAAAUUUAACUUUUAUUUACAUUGGACAAGACUGUAAAACGAAUCAUCAGUAAUGUUUCAGCUUUUAGGCGAAACAAAAAUUAACUUAUAAUCAAGGAAGAAAAAAGUACGAUUUGAAUUUGUGAUUUUAUGAUCAUAUUCACUUAUGACCAUGAAGCUUGUCAACAUCUGGCUGCUUCUGCUGGUGGUUUUGCUCUGUGGGAAGAAACAUCUGGGUGACAGACUGGAAAAGAAAUCUUUUGAAAGGACCCCGUGCCCUGGCUGUUCCCACCUGACUCUGAAGGUGGAAUUCUCCUCAACGGUUGUGGAAUAUGAAUAUAUCGUGGCAUUCAAUGGAUACUUUACAGCCAAAGCUAGAAAUUCGUUUAUUUCAAGUGCCCUGAAGAGUAGUGAAAUAGACAAUUGGAGAAUUAUCCCUCGAAACAAUCCAUCCAGUGACUACCCUAGUGAUUUUGAGGUGAUUCAGAUAAAAGAAAAACAGAAAGCGGGGCUGCUGACACUUGAAGAUCAUCCGAACAUCAAGCGGGUGACCCCCCAGCGGAAGGUCUUUCGCUCCCUCAAGUAUGCUGAGUCUGACCCCAUAGUGCCCUGUAAUGAAACCCGAUGGAGCCAGAAGUGGCAGUCAUCCCGUCCCCUGCGAAGAGCCAGUCUCUCCCUGGGCUCUGGGUUUUGGCACGCUACAGGAAGACACUCGAGUAGAAGGUUGCUGAGAGCCAUCCCACGCCAGGUGGCCCAGACGCUGCAGGCAGACGUGCUUUGGCAGAUGGGAUAUACAGGUGCUAACGUGAGGGUUGCUGUUUUUGACACUGGGCUGAGCGAGAAGCAUCCCCACUUCAAAAAUGUGAAGGAGAGAACCAACUGGACCAACGAGCGAACGCUGGACGACGGGCUGGGCCACGGCACCUUUGUGGCCGGUGUGAUAGCCAGCAUGAGGGAAUGCCAAGGAUUUGCUCCAGAUGCGGAACUUCAUAUUUUCAGAGUCUUUACCAACAACCAGGUAUCUUACACAUCCUGGUUCCUGGAUGCCUUCAACUAUGCCAUCUUAAAGAAGAUUGAUGUGCUGAACCUCAGCAUCGGCGGCCCCGACUUCAUGGACCAUCCCUUCGUUGACAAGGUGUGGGAAUUAACGGCUAACAACGUAAUCAUGGUUUCUGCUAUUGGCAACGAUGGGCCUCUUUAUGGCACUCUGAAUAACCCUGCUGAUCAAAUGGAUGUCAUUGGAGUAGGUGGCAUUGACUUUGAGGAUAACAUCGCCCGCUUCUCUUCAAGGGGAAUGACUACCUGGGAGCUGCCAGGAGGCUAUGGCCGUGUGAAACCUGACAUUGUCACCUACGGUGCUGGAGUGAGGGGCUCCGGUGUGAAAGGGGGGUGCCGGGCCCUCUCAGGGACCAGCGUGGCUUCUCCGGUGGUCGCCGGCGCUGUCACCUUGCUAGUAAGGUGAGUGUUGCUCAGCAGAGAAAAGGUAUGGCCUUCUCAGCGCAGGGAGCGUUCCACAGCAAGUUCCUAGACGCUGCCGAGGGUAGCCCUGUGGGCAGGCCCUUGUAAGCUCAGGUCCUCAGAGGCUGGCUCUCUCUGCAUAGUUGUGUUGCUUUGCUAUCGUUUGCUACACCCUCUACUCUAACACUCGAUUCUUUGUUUCAGUUUGAGCCCCAGCUACAUAGAUCUGACUGAGUGUCCCUACAUGUGGCCGUACUGCUCUCAGCCCAUCUACUACGGAGGAAUGCCGACCAUCGUCAAUGUCACGAUCCUCAACGGCAUGGGUGUCACUGGAAGAAUCGUAGACAAGCCUGACUGGCAGCCCUAUUUACCCCAGAACGGAGACAACAUCGAAGUUGCUUUCUCUUACUCCUCGGUGUUAUGGCCUUGGUCAGGCUACCUGGCCAUUUCCAUUUCUGUUACCAAGAAAGCAGCUUCCUGGGAAGGCACCGCGCAGGGCCAUGUCAUGAUCACCGUGGCAUCCCCAGCAGAGGGGGAAUCAAAAAAUGGUGCAGAACAGACUUCAACAGUGAAGCUCCCAAUUAAGGUGAAGAUAAUUCCUGCUCCUCCUCGAAGCAAGAGAGUUCUCUGGGACCAGUACCACAACCUCCGCUACCCGCCUGGCUAUUUCCCCAGGGAUAAUCUGAGAAUGAAGAAUGACCCUUUGGACUGGAAUGGCGACCACAUCCACACCAACUUCAGGGACAUGUACCAACACUUGAGAAGCAUGGGCUACUUUGUCGAAGUCCUCGGCUCCCCCUUCACGUGCUUUGACGCUAAUCAGUAUGGAACAUUGCUCAUGGUGGACAGCGAAGAGGAGUACUUCCCCGAGGAGGUUGCCAAACUGAGGAGGGACGUGGACAACGGCCUUUCGCUCAUUGUCUUCAGUGAUUGGUACAACACGUCUGUUAUGAGAAAAGUCAAGUUUUACGAUGAAAACACAAGGCAGUGGUGGAUGCCAGACACUGGCGGAGCUAAUAUCCCAGCUCUGAAUGAACUUCUGUCUGUCUGGAAUAUGGCGUUCAGCGAUGGCCUGUAUGAAGGGGAUUUUACCUUGGCAAACCAUGACAUGUAUUAUGCAUCAGGGUGCAGCAUCGCUAAAUUUCCAGAAGAUGGCAUUGUGAUAACACAGACUUUUAAAGACCAAGGAUUGGAGGUUUUAAAGCAGGAAACAGCAGUUGUUGAAAACGUGCCCAUUUUGGGACUUUAUCAGAUUCCAGCUGAGGGCGGAGGCCGGAUUGUGCUGUACGGAGAUUCCAAUUGCUUGGAUGACAGUCACCGACAGAAAGACUGCUUUUGGCUCCUGGACGCACUCCUUCAAUACACAUCGUAUGGGGUGACCCCUCCCAGCCUCAGUCAUUCUGGGAAUCGGCAGCGCCCUCCCAGCGGAGCAGGCUCGGUGACUCCGGAGAGGAUGGAAGGGAGCCACCUGCACCGGUACUCCAAGGUCCUCGAGGCCCAUCUGGGAGGCCCGGCGCCUCGGGCUCUGCCCGCCUGUCCACACCUGUCAUGGGCCAAGCCACAGCCCUUAAAUGAGACGGCUCCCAGUAAUCUUUGGAAACAUCAGAAGUUACUCUCCAUUGACCUGGACAAAGUGGUAUUACCCAACUUUCGAUCGAAUCGCCCUCAAGUGAGACCCUUGUCUCCCGGAGAGAGUGGUGCCUGGGACAUUCCUGGAGGGAUCAUGCCUGGCCGCUACAACCAGGAGGUGGGCCAGACCAUUCCCGUCUUCGCCUUCCUGGGAGCCAUGGUGGUCCUGGCCUUCUUUGUGGUACAGAUCAACAAGGCCAAAAGCAGGCCGAAGCGGAGGAAGCCCAGGGUGAAGCGCCCACAGCUCAUGCAGCAGGUUCACCCACCAAAGACCCCUUCAGUGUGACAUCAGACCGCUGACCGGGAGAGCCAGAGAGAGCCUGCGUGGGCGGCCUGCGUGGGCAGGCGGAGCUGGGAAGUUUCCAGGCGGGCCGCCUGCUUAAAAGGGAUCGAGUCUUCAGCUAGGGGUGUCUUAGAGUCCGUUCUGAAUGGGCCUCCCCCCGUGAUGCUCGGAGGCUCCCGGUACGUCUUGAUGUGUCUCGUGUCCGGGGGCUGCAGGAGGGCCUCAGCGGAGCUGCCCAGAGUACCACUUCUUCUGGCCGCUGCUCGCACCAAAGACUUGGAGAACUUCAGGAGGCUGCCUGGAGUCUCCUGGCCCGAGAAGGAGUCUGUACUUUUAAACAGUGAAACAACUCUGACCAAGCUAAAAUAUGCUCGUUAAAGGCUAUUUUCUAUAUUUAUUGUUGGGAAAAAGUCACUUUAAAGACUUAUGCUAUUUGGAAGCAAAGCUAUUUUUUUUGUCAAUGGAAUGCAAUUUUUUACUAUUACAUCAUGAGGAAUAACACAGAUUCCGUGAUUUCCUUUUUGAUGAAAGGACAGACUUGAGAUUUGAAGGAAACUUGCACAAAUCUGUGAAACAUAGACCUUUGCUUUAUUUUUAUAAGUAUCAACUGCCAUCAUGUUUUGUAAUUUGGGGUCUUGAUUUCACCAUUGUUGGUGAAGAAAAUUUUCAAUAAAUAUGCAUUACCUGUAUGAAGCU